AUGGGCAGUGACUUUAAAAAUAUCCAGGGGACCCUGAUCCAGACCAUGAAUGUUAGCCUGGCAAAAGGGGAAAACUGCCAUAUUCUGGACAGCCCAGUAUAUCCUCUACUGGCUAAAGAUGGAGAUGUAAUAAUUGGAGGUUUAUUUUCAAUACACAGUGGUAUACAGACUCCAUCUGUGCAAUAUACUGAAAGACCAGAACCUUUAAUCUGCAUUAGAUUUAAUCUAAGAGAACUGCGAUUUGCUCAGACAAUGACUUUUGUAAUUGAUGAAAUCAACAGAAGCACCCGUUUGCUCCCAAAUAUUACAAUUGGCUACAGUAUUUAUGACAACUGUGGAUCAAGAUUAUUGUCUAUGAAAGCAUCCAUGGCUUUGAUCAAUGGUAUGGACAUGACAGCAGAUGGUGCCUGUUCUGGACAAGCAGCAGUACAAGCCAUCAUAGGAGAGUCAGAGUCUUCUCCUACUAUAGUACUCACGAAAACUACAGGAGCGUUUCAGAUCCCAGUGAUAAGCCAUGGGGCUACAUGUGAAUGUCUGAGCAACAGAAAAGAGUACCCAUCUUUCUUUAGGACCAUAGCGAGUGACUACUACCAGAGUAGAGCUCUGGCAUAUUUGAUCAAGCACUUUGGCUGGUCUUGGGUGGGAACUGUGAACAGUGAUAAUGACUAUGGAAACAAUGGAAUGGCCAUUUUUCUGAAUGCAGCCAAAGAGGAGGGAAUAUGUGUGGAGUACUCUGAGAAGUUUGACCGGUCUGACACUGCCAAAAUCAUGAAAGUGGUGGAUAUUAUAAAACGAGGUACAGCUAAAGUAGUUAUUAUAUUUAUUGCCCAAGCUGAUAUGAAUGUUCUAAUAGACCAGCUUAUUUUGAAGAAUGUUACUGGCUACCAGAUGAUUGGUGUAGAGUCAUGGAUUACUGCAAUCAAUCUAGCAACUCCAGCAACUUACAAUGUACUGAUUGGAUCCAUUGGAUUGGAUGUGGGAAAAUUGAACAUCGCUGGUUUUGCUGACUAUGUCAUUAAAGAGUUUUGGCAAAAUGAUUUCCCUUGUUUGAACACAGAGGGAAACAUUUAUCAAUCUGCAAACUACUGCAGCAGAUACGAGGAAAUCAUUCCCUUUAAAGACUACAAUGAAGAUAUAUCAGAAUUGAGAUAUGCAAAUAACAUCUACAAUGCAAUUUAUGCUGUGGCACAAUCUCUACACAGCCUGUUGAAAUGCAGAGAGAACCAGAGUUGUGAAAAAGACAACACAUUACAAUCAUGGCAGGUUGUUGAGUCUCUGAAAAAAGUCAAUUUCACCACCAAAGCAGGGGAACAUAUCUGGUUUGACAGCACUGGGGCAACAGCUGCAAAAUACGAUGUGGUCAACUGGCAAAAAGGUUUAGGUGGGGAAGUGGAGUUUAAGGUUGUGGGCUAUUAUGAUGCCUCUCUGCCAAGUGGACAACAGUUUGUCCUGAAUGCUGACGACAUAGUUUGGGCUGGAGGGAAAAAAGAGAAACCAAGGUCUGUGUGCAGUGAGAGCUGUCCUCCAGGAACCAGGAAAGCUGCACAGAAAGGAAGGCCUGUCUGCUGCUAUGACUGUAUACCAUGUGCAGAAGGAGAGAUCAGUAACCAGACAGAUUCAUAUAACUGUGAGCAGUGUCCAGGAGAAUAUUGGUCUAAUGCUGAGAGAGAUAAAUGUGUGUUAAAGGUCAUAGAGUUUCUUUCAUUUACAGAGGUUAUGGGGAUAAUACUGGUAUUGUUUUCAUUGUUUGGGGCAGCAAUAACUGUGUUAGUAGGUAUUUUAUUCAUAAUAAAAAAGGACACUCCAAUUGUUCGGGCCAACAACUCUGAGCUGAGCUUCCUGCUGCUCUUCUCUCUGACUCUGUGUUUCCUCUGUUCACUGACUUUCAUCGGAAGGCCAUCUGAGUGGUCCUGUAUGCUGCGCCACACAGCGUUUGGGAUCACCUUCGUCCUCUGUAUCUCCUGUGUUCUGGGGAAAACAGUAGUGGUGUUAAUGGCCUUCAGGGCUACACUUCCAGGAAGUAAUGUCAUGAAAUGGUUUGGGCCUCUACAGCAGAGACUCAGUGUUCUUGCAUUCACUCUUGUACAGGUUAUUAUCUGUGUGGUUUGGUUAAUAUUUUCUCCUCCUCUUCCCUACAAAAACAUGAACUACUACAAGGAAAAGAUCAUAUUAGAAUGUAGCUUGGGCUCAGCUAUAGGUUUCUGGGCUGUGUUGGGGUAUAUAGGAGUUCUUGCUUUCUUGUGCUUUGUUUUAGCUUUUCUAGCUAGGAAGCUGCCUGACAAUUUCAAUGAAGCAAAAUUCAUCACAUUCAGCAUACUUAUCUUCUGUGCAGUUUGGAUCACUUUUAUUCCAGCUUAUGUCAGCUCUCCUGGAAAAUUCACUGUAGCUGUGGAGAUAUUUGCUAUUCUGGCCUCCAGUUUUGCUCUACUAUUCUGUAUAUUUACACCUAAAUGCUAUAUUAUUCUGUUUAAACCUGAACUGAACACAAAGAAAAAUAUGAUGGGGAAAACUGCAUCUAAAUCUCUUUAA